AUGAAAAAUGCUGCGAUUAUUCUAGUGUGCAUGUUUUUUAAUUUCCAACAAAAAAUAAGAGCAGUUGUUAUUAAGUACAAAAGAGUGCGUGAAGGCCCAUCAUUUUUAUUUCAUCAAAAUGGAGGAAAAAAGAAAGAUAUAAAUCGAACAAGGGAAUUCCAGAAAUUUAAAAUUUCAUUGUGGGGAUACCCAAUAUAUGAUGACUCCCCGUUUAAACUCAGGAGACAAAAAAUAUAUCCCAAUUUUGAAUAUGGAGAAUUGAGAAAGUCACAAGAUUUCGAUUAUGUGAUAAGCACGAAUAUUGCCCAGAAAAACUACAAAGUUCCUGAUGUGGGGUACCUAUACACGGUAGAUGAGAUGGGAACAGGCAAAACGGACGAUGUGCACACACCCAUUGAAAUGGUUUUUGGGGAGAGAGAUAUUGACCCAAAUGAAGUGGAAAAAAUUAAGGCCGUUUUGAAUGUCUUUGAUCAGGGAAAUGGCAUGGGAAUAUGCACCUUAAUGGGCGCGAAACGGGCACACUUCGCCUUCAAAUAUAAUGGCUAUUUGAGUCACUUUCAUGGAAUUAAAAAUUAUUUAAGGUUUUUAAUUAACAAGCAUUACCCUGGUGCCAAGAUAACCCUCAUUAGCGAGCACUGGAUUGAUCCGAUUGAUGAAUCCGUAUGUCUUAGACAUAGCAACAUCCCGCUUUCUAAAAUUGGUUAUCAAAGAAGAUUGGUGUAUAAUAAGUACGAUUACAUAUAUGAGAACGACAAGAAUAAGCGUAUAUAUAAAGGAGAAAAUCGAAGCAAUGUAUGGGCCUUUUAUAAUGACCCACAAAUGUUGACCUAA